AUCACACCUCAGCACACAUACUCAAGCAUCUUUUGCGCAUCAUCAAUACAGCAUACUCAAUCUGACUUGUCCAAGUUCGGUGCAUCAUCCAACCAUUGUCCAGGCAAAGACUUGCACUACGCACUGCUCAUUAAGCUCCUCGUAUCUAUCCUGCCCAACGUCGAUCUCGAAAUGGCUACCACGAGGUUCAACAAUGGCCCGAUCAUGGCCACUCCCCACAUUACCGGCGGUGUUAACGGUGCCAACACUGCUAGAAAUGUCUAUAAGGGGCGCAAUAAUAACGGCCGCAACGGCGCUCGCAAUAAUCUUCGCAACGAUCGUCGCAAUGGCGGCCGCAACCAGUCCAACAGCUACAACAACAGUGUUCCCCGCAACUACGGCUUCGACAACCGCAACGACUUCACAACCCCAAACGGCACAAGCGCUACCGUGCCACCUAAUGCGCAUGCCGGUUGGGGUACGUUCUCCGAUGCCUCUCACUCACAGUGGGCUGCGAAGAAAGCCGAGGAUGCCGCCAUAGCUACGGAUCCCGAGAAAUUCGCGGCGUACAAAGCCGAGCAGGAGCAGAAACUCCAAGCGCGCAUCGAAGCCCGUGCAGAGUUGCCAGAGAGAGAGCACAAGUGCACCUUCCGCCGCACGACCGGCAAGACGAAGAACGGCAAGCUUGGCGGUGCUCCGGUAUUCGCUGAAACCAUGGUCGUUACCGGUAAUGGCAAGUCUGAGACGGUCAUCCACGAGAAGGUUGACAGCACCCCGGGUUCUACCAACACCGCCACCGUCGCCGCCACCGCCAUCACUCCUACUCCUUCUCCUUCCGGUAGCAAGCCUAAGUUCAUCCCGCCGCAUCUGCGCGCUAAGGUCGCUGUCGAGAACGCCGUCGCAGACCAUGCCGCUGCCGCCGCCGAGAAGGCCACUGCUGCCGAGUGGGUCGCUGCCAAGCUUCCGCAUGCGAGGGUCUAAGUACACGAUGUAUUGAGGCGGUAGGCGGUGUUUGUUGGCUAGGUGAUUGAGAACUUGACGCGAUGGUACCCGGUUUCGUUGACCUGGGUGCCUCGCUACGGCUUACUUACUUGCGUGCUUUGGCAAGAUGACUGGCGAACCUGGCAUGAUGUAGCCUAGUGUACCUUGAGACACUGACGCCAGCAUGUAUACUGUUUAUGUAAUUCACCUCAAUCCAUCUGCUCCAUGGCUUCCUGACUGUUCGGUGUCCAGUUGU